AAUCUCUCAGGCGCGCUGUCGCGGUCAUCCUCAUCGUCAUCCUGUUCGUGCUCCUCGUCACUUCAGCUUGCUUCCGUGUCCGUCGCCCACCUGGGAUCAUUGGUCAUCGGUGUGAUUUCGUCCUGUGCCCGUCUUCGCCACCCCAUCUUUCUCCCUCGCCUCCCUCCGCGAUCCCUCAUCAUCGAUGCUCUUUUCUUGGGCCUUCGCCGCACAGUAUCCCCCAGAUCAUCACAUGACGCUCCAAAACAUCACAAUUCUCGAGCCUCGAUCCUCGAGCACCCUUCUCGAAAGGACUUCCUCCAGGGCGGAGGGUGCGGAAGAGAAGGCGGAAGAUGACCGACGAGGAGAGGAACGCCAUCAACUGGGAGAGCGCAGUCGUCCCCUCGGCGGAGAAGGGCCUCACGGCGGCUGGUCUUCAGCUGGAGUCCAUGGGGCUCCAGGCGGGGGGGCCGUACAAGCUGGUGAACCCGCGGAACCAGGACGAUGGUACAUGCCCGAGCUGCCCCCUGGCAACGCCCUGUAUCCUGGGAGGCGGGGUCGGCGCAGAUGCUGUUGCUGCCGCUGGAGGAGCCCGAGAAGGAGGGCUUCUUCGACAACCUCCCGACGGGGCUGGGGUUCGUGACGAACGAGAAGUCCCAGCCAGAGUUCGACGUGAUGGUGGCGGCGGACACGAAAAGCCUUCAUCGCCGAUAUCAGACAUCGCCAGGGGCGCGCGGCUGCAGGUCUCCGGGGCGGGCGCGCCAGCAGCCGUGCCGGGCGCCGCGGCGCCGCCCGCCGGGAGGCUCGUGUUGGAGCUCGUGCAGGCGAAGUGACGCCGCCAUGCGCCGUUUGCGAGGCCUCCCUCCGAGGCUGGAGAACUCGAGAUGGGCCUCGUGGGGGGUGUUCGAGGUGUCUGGGGUCUGGGCGUGCUUCCCCCUGAAGCCUUAGAAGGCCUUUUGGUGGGCCUCUCGUGGGCCCGCCUCGAGACGCGGACAAAAGCGCGCCGCUCCUGGAUGCUGGCCGACCUGCUUCCGCAGCGUCUGAACGCCAGUGUGAGAGAGACCUGAAGCGGCAGCGGCGGCUGGGACGAGGCAG